GGCGGCUGUACGUUAGCUUUUCAUGGUGUAGCCCACCUGCCGACUGGAUGAGGCCGAUUUUCUACGCAAGGUGAUCCUCGUGGUGGGCCAACCCACUGGAAGGGUGGGAUAUUGCACGCAUGACCGAUUGAACUUGAGACCUUCUCCCGAGAUAAAAUAAAAAAUAAAAAAGCAGUGGCAUCAGCGGUAUCUCUCGUUCUCGACUCUCGUAGAUAAAUAAACGGAAGCUGAUACCAGACUUCUUCGUUCCAAACAAAAAACAGAGCGUAAAAACACUAGCAAUAACAGCUCUCCCCUCAAUCUUCUCCUCAUCUUCUUCUUUUUUAAUGGCCUCUGAUCUCUUUCUCUUCGAUGGCUCUUUCCUUCGCCAUUGUCAGGACCCUUACUCCGCCGAUACCGAGCUCCAAUUCCUCUCGGACCCUCUCUUUCAUUUCCCAGACCCUCUUGACAAUCUCCAAUCUUUCUCUACUGAACCCAUUCAACCACAGCUAUCUGAUCCAUUCCCCAUUCCUCUUCCCAUCUCCACCUCUCCGCCCAGCCACAAAAUUCAAAACUUAUCAUUGGGUCCCACCACAACAGCACAAGGGAUUACUGAUUUGGGGGUGAAAUUAGAAGAGUUUUGCAUGGAUUUUGAGCAGGAUUAUCAUAGUCUUCCUCCCAAUAACCUUGGAUUGAUUCAGAGGAGUUUCAGCAGUCACUCGCUUGAUCGAAAGCCAACUCUUCUCUUCCAACCCCACUUCUCUUCUCUCUCAGAGACGCCCAAAUUCGAGACCCAAAUCUCAAAUUCGAUCGAAAAUCACAAAUUCGAAGGAUCCAUGAGAAGGGCUUGCAGUACAGGGGAUUUGCAGAGAAUGAACUCAAUGCAAUCGAAUUCCGCCUUUCCAAGCCCGUUAGCUACGGAGACUUCAUAUGUGGAAGAAGUAGGAAGUUUCAGGGUCGGCCGUUACAGUGCUGAAGAGAGGAAGCAGAGAAUUAAUAGGUAUAGGAACAAAAGAAAUCAGAGAAAUUUCAAUAAGACAAUCAAGUAUGCAUGCAGGAAGACGCUAGCUGACAGCAGACCGCGAGUACGUGGCAGAUUCGCGAGAAACGAUGAAACUGGAGAGACUACCAAGGCGCCUGGGUCUCAUCGAGAGGAAGAAGACGAAGAAGAGCAAUGGGUGGAUGGACUGAAUGAUGGGGAAGAGGAGCUGGUGGCCAUCAGAGAUUUUGUAAACAGUAACGGUCCAAUUUUUCAAUACUGGGAUUGCUGAAGACUGCAUCUCUUUUUCCUGCCAAAGGAAAAUUGCUUCCCUUUCGACGGGGAGAAGGAAAUUACCACAAUAGUAGAAAGAAGAGUUGCUAGCUUCACACGUGGAAAUAUGCCACACGUGUUUGAGAUAAGAACUGAUCAUCAGGCGGUCCCCACUGUUUAAGCAGACUAUUUAAUUGAUCAUUGGGUGGGCCGCAGAGAACUUUGACUGUUGGUGACUCGCUCUUUCCAUUCAUUUGUUUCUGUGCUUGUGCGGUACGUAAUGCUCCGAUGGAUAGGGCUGAUUUUUUAGAUAUGGCAUGUAGACAGUGGAGAAUGCCUGAUCAACGGCUCAGAUUUCACACACGUGUGUAAUGUUUCUGAGUAUGAGGCGAGUAUACUGAGGUGUCAUUAGCAAGCUGUAAUUACUCCUGGCCAUAAUAAUGAUAAUAAUAAUUCACCUAUUUU